UCCUUUCCUUUACUAAUUUUUAUCCAAACAUAGGCUUAGAGCUAAAAGCGAGUGGAGGCAACUCAAGCAAUUAGCCAUUGUCAUCGAGAGCUUGAGGAGAAUCAGAGGUAGAGCCAUAGAAGAGGAAUUUGUGAGCUACGAUUUAGAGGAAUGGAGCAACUCAAGCAAUCAGCCAUUGUCAUCGAGAGCUUGAGGAGAAUCAGAGGUAGAGCCAUAGAGGAGGAAUUUGUGAGCUACGAUUUAAAGGAAUGGAGUAAGUGUGCUGUCCUCGUGAGGGUGAGCAUUCUAGUUGUAACUUCUUUUGCAGCCUUUACAGUUUCUUGGGUUGCGAAGAAGAAAGGCACUUCCAUUUUACCGCAUUCAGAAAAUUGCUCAAGCUUUGAACAAGGUUAUGGGGAAGAAGAAAGGUUUAGAGAUGACAUUCAUGAAGUGGAGAUGCCGGAGGAAGAGAUUAAAGGUGUCAAAUGGAUGAAAAUGAGAGAUGAUGUUGAGCAAAAUUUGCCUGGGAAAGGAGACUGUGGAAGGUUAGAAAGUAUGGAAAUAGAGAAGUUGCAGAAUAUGGUUAAAGAGUUGGAGAAGAGGAAGGCAACCCUUGAAAGGAAAGUGCUUGAAUUGUAUGGUCUGAAAGAACAGCAAUCAUACCAUGUCCAUCUGCAUAAGAAUUUACAGGACAAGAAUGCAGAAACCAUCAAACUGAAUAUCACAAUCAAUGCAUUGAAGGUUGAGAUAAAGGAUCUUCAAGAAAAAUCUAGACAGGGCAGCUUGACUAAGAAAAAUGCCUUGGUUGAGAAGAAGCUUAGUACCGUGCAAAGCAUCGAGUUGAAUGUUGUGAGUCUGAGGAGGAGAAGCAAAGCACUUGAGUUAGAAAAAAGGGAGUUGGCAAUUAAGUUAGUUGCUGCUCAUGCCAAAACAUCUGCCAUUUCCAAGUUAACAGAGGGUGAGAUUAUUGCUAGAACUGAGGAAGAGAUCACCAUGUUAAGACAUGGCAAUGAAGACCUCUUAAAAGGAGUAGAAAGACUGCAGAAGAACAGGUUUUCCUGUUCAAUGGUGACAUCAGACCCAUCAACCUCAAGCAAGAAAAACAUUUCUACAGAAUCUCCAUUAAUGUUAUCACCAGCAUAUGUUGCAAGACUGGGGAGAGUUUCUUUCAAUGAUACAAUAGUGACGGUUCCAUCAGCAAAUAUAGAUAAAGGGGCAUUGGAUGAAAAGGAAAUGUGUUCUGACAGGUCUAUUUACAGGUCUACUAUGAGUGCACAGUGUCAAGUUGAAAUGCCUGAGAGAAACCUGAAUUAUCAUCACCGGAGGUUCUAACAAAUUCAUGCCAAGCAAGCAACUCGAGUAUAUCUAUGGACAAGUAUAUAGUUGAUGCCAAAGUAGAUGACAAUGAAACUGCUCAGAAAGAGGAAUUGCAUUCAGGGUCUUCCUAUGUUCUUUCUAAUGAAGACAAGAAUGAUAA